AUGGCGAAGGAAUCUCUUUCUAAACUGGCUCGAAAAAAGAAUGCUGAUUGUUUGGCCGCCCGUCAGAAGGCCAAGGCCAUUACUUCUAAAACUGCCCUCCCUGAAUCAUCCGAGUCGGUUGUCGUUGUUGAAACGGCCCAAAUUGUUUCUGUUGAGACCGAACGGUCAGCUAAAUGUUUGACUCCAGAGGCUGAUAAGGGUAGGGAAAAGCGGCCCGCUGAUUUUGAGGCCGUCUCUGAAGAAAUCCCAGUCGAAAAACGGCCUCGCUUAGAGGAGUCGGACAUGGUUGUUCCUUUUGUGGUUCAGUCGAAGAUAAAAAACAUGUCGAUCUCAUCUGACGCAUCGGCUGUGAAAGACCCAGUCGUGGCGUUGAGUCUAGCUUCGUCGGUUUUGUUGCCGGCAGACAAGACGGCUUUCUGUUCAGAGUCGGACGUGUUAGCAAUUGCAUUGGCUGCUCAGACAGCUCUUCUAACAGUCGGCAAGAUAGUCGAGAUAGGACGGCGUCAGCACGACGCCGUCGAAGAAAUAGGUCGUUUAAGAUCGGAGGUGGAGGGCGAAAGGAGUAGGGCCAACUUUGAGGCGGCAAGGGCGAUGAUGAAGAGUGCAAGGGCAGAGGCCGAAAUGGAGAGAGCGAAAAAAGCUGAAGAGCAGAGAUUGGUCGCCGAGCAGAGGGCAAGUGCGAGCGAUGAAGCGCUCAAGUCAGCCCAAGAGGUGAUUGGCAAGUUGGAGAACGAAUUGGAAGAAUUGAAGAAAGCAAAAGAAAAAGCCGACUCCGAGACUUCCAAGGCGUACGAGGCCGGGCAAGACGCCGCCCUUGAAAGCUACGCGGAGGAAGCUCCUAAAUUUGAAAACCGAGGAUUCAAGCACGGCUGGCUCAAAGCCCUUGUUGCUGCAAAUGUGACAUUGGCAAUGCCAAUUCCAUAUGAGCAAGGUGAUCUUCAUGUAUAA